AGGUUUAUAUUUUUUUAAUUUAAUUUUAUAUUAAGGCAUAGAUUAUUAUAAUACGAAUAUAUUUUUUUCGAAUAAAUUAAUAAUUAUAAAUAUUUUGAUAUAAACUCAAAUAUCAUCUUCAGCAAGUAAUUGUUCAUAAAAGCUUAGAUUGUUAGUGUUUUAAUUAUACAUUUAAAUAUCAGCAGCAUCAUUCAAACGAUUAUUAUUAUCAUUUAAAUUAAUUUAUUUUUCAGAUUAAAAUUAAUUAAAUUAAAUAUUAUUUUCGACUUCAAAAUUUGGCGGUAAAUUAAAAUUUUCAAAUAUAUUUUAUUUUUAUUAUAAUUCUAAGUUCGUUUGAAAAUAGAAUUCAUUAUUUUAUAAUUAAUUGUAUUUUUAAAUAGUAUUAUAAAAGUUAGGAUUAAAAGAUUUUGAAGUAUCAUUAUUCCUAAUAAAGUUUAAAUUAAAAUUAUCAUUUUCAUUUGGAAAAUGAUUGAUUUUAAAUUCUUGUUCUUCAUCAAAAAUAAAUUUAUUUUCAGGAAUAUUAAUUUCGUUUUCGAAAGUAUUAAUAAUUUAUUGUUUUUAUUUAGUUUAAAUAUAAUUUUUUCUUUCCUGAAAUUCUUUUAUUAUUUCAGAUUUACAUUAAUUUAGUAUAUUUUCUAUCAUUUAGACUUAUUAUUGCAAAUAAAAGAUAUUUUUUAUUUUAUUUUAUUUAUUAGAAUCUUAUUAAAAUUAAUUAUUGAAAGAUUCAUUGUUAUUAUUAUAUUGUAUUAUUUCUUCAUCGAUUAAAUUCUAAUUUUCUAAAUCUAAAUUGAAAUUUUAUUCAAUUAAAGAAAUUUCUUUUUCAAAACCUUGUUUAUAAAUAUAAUUCUCUUUUUAUAUUUUUAUCAUUUAUUAUUAGUCGUUUUUUUUAAUUCAUCUUAUUAAAUUUAAUUUUUUUCUAAUUAAAAAGAUUUUUAUUUAUCUUAUUAUUCAGUUUAUUAUUGACUCUAUUCUUUUUAUUUAUUUAUUUGCCUUAGUUUUAAAUAAUAUCUAUUUCUUAUCAUCACUUCGUUUCUUCCUUUAAGCUUUUUGGCAAUUUCUGACCAUUAUUUACCAUAUUUUUCUGUAUGGCUCAUUAUUAUAUCAUCUUCUUAUUAAGUAAAUUUAACUCUUCUCUAUAAUUCUUAUUAACUGUUUAAUGUUUAAGAAGUUUAAGAAAAUAUAGAUUAUAAAGGAGAUUGUGUACUAUCAAUACUGUUUGCGGCUUUUAGAGAACUUUGAUAUGCAUUUUAUAAUUUAGAUGUACUUUUUUUAGAUUUUUAAAUUACUUUUUAAGUUGAUUGUGAAUUUUUUUUAUUUAAUUCUGGAGUUGUUUCACUUAAAUCUUUUU